UGCAACUCAAUCAAUCCAAAACACGUCCCUUGUCAUUCUUCCUCGCACCGCAACACAAGCCCACCAACACCAAGCAAACCAACGCACCACCUUCCCCUCCUCCUCCUCCUCCGAUCCGAUCCGAUCCAAAUCGCCAUGGAUUUCUUCAAGUCCAUCCUCGCCGAGCCCGAGCCCGGCCCGUCCUCCCCGCCGCCGCCGCCGGAGACGGAGACGGAGCAGGAGCACGCCGGAUCCACGUCGACCCCACCCACUGACGACGACGUCGGCGGCGGCGGGGGUGGGGGUGGGGGCGGGGGAUGGGGCUUCGGCGGGCUGCUCAAGACGCUCACCUCCCAGUCGGAGACCGUGCUCGAGGCCUACCGCCGCGACCUCGCCGAGUUCGGCACCGGCCUGCGCCGCGAGACCGAGGCGCUCCGCGACGCCGCGGCCCGCGCCGCGCGGGACCUCCCGGCGCACGCCCACGCGCUCGACGGCCUCGCCGACAUCGUCGCGCAGGGCAAGGACGCCAUCGCGCAGGUCGCCGCCGCCGCCGCCGCAGCCCCCGCCACCGGGCACUCGGACGGCGGCGGCGGCGAAUCCGAGCCCAGCUCCGCCUCGGGGCAGGUCCGGUACAGCCGCUUCGAAGCGCAGCUCCGCGCGCUCCAGUCGGAUCCGGCCACGUUCACCUCCGAUCCUGAGGACUCCGAUGACUUCGCGGCGUGGAGGGUAGGGUUUAGCGUGGAUGAGAGGAGUGGGGAGAUCGAGGCGUUGUGCUACGAGAGCGAUGCGUUGGAAGGGAUGGUGGAGAAGCUCGUGCCGGGCACGGUGGAGAGCGAGGUGUUCUGGGCGAGGUACUUCUACCGUGUUCAUAGGUUGAAGCAGCAGGAGGAUGCUAGAGCAAAGCUCGUGAAGCGGGUUUUCGCGGCGGAGGAGGACGAGGAGGAUUUGAGCUGGGAGGUGGAUGAUGAGGAUGAGGAAGAACAACAAAGAGCGGAAGCGAAUGAGGAAGGAUCAAAGCAAGAACCGAUCGAAGAAGAUGUCGAACGUGUAGCGGGGGAUAAGGAAAGCGAGAGGAUUGUGGAAGAAAAGGAAGUUGAGGCAGUGGAAGAAUCACGCGGUUUGGAGAAGGAACAGCAGAAUGCCGAUGCACCGCAACCGGAGGUUUUCGGCAGCUCUAUGGUGGUGGUGGACAAGAGGGAGAAGGAAGAGGCAUCCGUUUCGAACAUUGAAGAAUCAAGUGACAAGAAAGCUGUCACUGAAGAACCACGUUCAAGCACAGGAGAUGAUGCGGUGAAAGACGGAGCAAAGCAUGAGACAAGCGACUCAAGCAAGGAUAGUGACUACUCCAUGGUGUCUAGGCAGCGAACAACGACCGAGGAAGAGGAUCUUGAGUGGGAUGAGAUUGAGGAUCUUGGGGAGCAUGAAGAGAAGAGAGGGAGCAAUAAUGACUCAAGCUCUGCUUUAAAGGAGGAAUUGCGGAAGAGGCUCAGUGUUGCUGAAGAUGAUGAGGAUUUGAGCUGGGAUAUCGAGGAUGAUGAUGAUGAUAAGGCUGAAAAAACAACGUGCCAACCUGGUAUGAAGUGUUGAUUGUAUCUCUAUACUUUUUUGCCAAUUACUUGUGCAAGAUACUGAAAUGUGGCCAAUAAAAUUGGUUUAGCUGUGCUGAUUAUGUUAUGGAUACGUUUGUAAACUAAACUUGGUGUUAUCAAAUGGCAAUUGGCUAUGCGUCAAUUCGUUGAUGUCUUUAUAUCACUGUAAAUAUUUUUGUUUUA